CCGUCCCCUCCCUCGCCGGCCCGGCCCCGCACGGCCCCGCACGGCACGGGGGUUGCCAUGACAAGCAUUUUCUCCCGUUAGCUCCGGGACCGCUCCCCCUCCAUCCCAUGGCCAGUCGCGGGGGCUCCGCCGCCAGCCGGGCGCCGUGGGACCGGAGCCGCUCCAGUUGCUGUGGUAUCCAGGGAGCCCUCCUCCUCCUCCUCCUCCUCCUCCUCCUCCCGCUGCAGGAGCUGCACGCCGGGCGUUGCUAAGGUCGCCUCCGCGGUAACAUGCACAUCCUGUUUACACCUUCAUCCCGACAACUUGGGCUCGGAUAGAGCCGCCCGUUCCCCCCCGGGAAGCCCCCAGGGAAGGGAGCAUCCCCCCCCGGAGCCGCCGGAGCGGCGAGCGAGGCCGCGCCAGGAGCGCCGCGCCGGUGGCACCGUCACUGUGACAAGAUGACGAACAACGUGGCCGACCACCACCCCGGGAACUCGGUGGCCGAGGGCAACCAUGAGGGGGACUUUGGGUGCUCCUUGGUGGAGCUCAGGAACCUCAUGGAGGUGAGGAGCGCCGAGGCCGUGGCCCGGAUCAACGACUCCUAUGGCGGCGUCCAGAACGUCUGCAAGAGGUUGAAGACGUCGCCGGUCGAAGGCCUGUCCGGGAACCCCACGGACCUGGAGAAGCGGCGUCAGGUCUUCGGCCAGAACUUCAUCCCCCCCAAGAAGGCCAAGACGUUCCUGCAGCUGGUGUGGGAGGCGCUGCAGGACGUGACGCUGAUCAUCCUGGAGAUCGCAGCCAUCAUCUCCCUGGGGCUCUCCUUCUACCACCCCCCGGGCGGGGACAACGAGCUGUGCGGGCAGUCCUCGGGCGGCGUGGAGGACGAGGGCGAGGCGCAGGCGGGCUGGAUCGAGGGCGCUGCCAUCCUGUUCUCCGUCAUCAUCGUGGUGCUGGUGACGGCCUUCAACGACUGGAGCAAGGAGAAGCAGUUCCGCGGCCUCCAGAGCCGCAUCGAGCAGGAGCAGAAGUUCACGGUCAUCCGCAAGGGCCAGGUGAUCCAGAUCCCCGUGGCCGAGAUCGUGGUGGGGGACAUCGCCCAGAUCAAGUACGGUGAUCUCCUCCCUGCGGACGGGAUCCUGAUCCAGGGCAAUGACCUGAAGAUAGACGAGAGCUCUCUGACUGGGGAGUCAGACCAGGUGAAGAAAUCCAUGGAUAAAGACCCCAUGCUGCUGUCAGGUACCCACGUGAUGGAGGGCUCGGGCAGGAUGGUGGUGACUGCCGUGGGCAUCAACUCCCAGACAGGGAUCAUCUUCACCCUCCUGGGAGCAGGAGAAGGUGACGAGGAGAAGAAAGUGAAGAAAGGUAAAAAAAGCGGAGCCCCCGAAAACCGCAACAAAGCUAAAACUCAGGAUGGUGUGGCCUUAGAGAUCCAGCCCCUGAAGAGCCAGGAGGGGGUGGAGAACGAGGAGAAGGAGAAGAAGAAGGUGAAGGUGCCCAAGAAGGAGAAGUCGGUGCUGCAGGGGAAGCUCACGCGCCUGGCGGUGCAGAUUGGGAAGGCAGGGCUGAUCAUGUCGGCCAUCACCGUCAUCAUCUUGGUGCUCUACUUCGUCAUCGACACCUUCGGGGUGCAGAAGCGGCCCUGGCUGGCCGAGUGCACCCCCAUCUACAUCCAGUACUUCGUCAAGUUCUUCAUCAUCGGCGUCACCGUGCUGGUGGUGGCCGUGCCCGAGGGGCUCCCGCUGGCCGUCACCAUCUCGCUGGCCUACUCCGUCAAGAAAAUGAUGAAGGACAACAACCUGGUGAGGCACCUGGACGCCUGCGAGACCAUGGGCAACGCCACGGCCAUCUGCUCGGACAAGACGGGCACGCUGACCAUGAACCGCAUGACCGUGGUGCAGGCCUACGUGGGGGACACCCACUACCGCCAGAUCCCCGACCCCGAGGCCAUCCUGCCCAAAACCCUGGACCUCAUCGUCCACGGCGUGGCCAUCAACUCUGCCUACACCUCCAAAAUCCUGCCACCAGAGAAGGAAGGGGGGCUGCCCCGCCAGGUGGGCAACAAGACCGAGUGUGCCCUGCUGGGCUUCGUGCUGGACCUGAAGCAGGAUUACCAGGCUGUGCGCAACGAGGUGCCCGAGGAGAAGCUCUACAAGGUGUACACCUUCAACUCGGUGCGCAAGUCCAUGAGCACGGUGCUGAGGAGCAGCGGCGGCGGCUUCCGCAUGUACAGCAAGGGCGCCUCCGAGAUCAUCCUGCGCAAGUGCACCAAGAUCCUGGACAAGAACGGCGAGCCGCGGCUGUUCAAGGUGAAGGACAGGGACGAGAUGGUGAAGAAGGUGAUCGAGCCCAUGGCCUGCCACGGGCUCAGGACCAUCUGCCUGGCAUUCCGGGAUUUCCCUGCGGAUGCAGAGCCCGACUGGGACAGCGAGAACGAGAUCCUGUCUGACCUGACCUGCAUCGCUGUGGUGGGGAUCGAGGAUCCCGUGCGGCCCGAGGUGCCCGAUGCCAUCCUGAAGUGCCAGCGCGCGGGCAUCACCGUCCGCAUGGUGACUGGGGACAACAUCAACACUGCCCGGGCCAUCGCCACCAAGUGCGGCAUCCUGCUGCCCGGGGAGGACUUCCUGUGCCUGGAGGGGAAGGAGUUCAACCGGCUCAUCCGCAACGAGAAGGGAGAGGUGGAGCAGGAGCAGCUGGACAAGAUCUGGCCCAAGCUGCGGGUGCUGGCGCGCUCGUCCCCCACGGACAAGCACACCCUGGUGAAAGGAAUCAUCGACAGCACCGUGGGUGACCAGAGGCAGGUGGUGGCUGUGACAGGGGACGGCACCAACGACGGCCCAGCCCUGAAGAAAGCAGACGUUGGGUUUGCCAUGGGCAUCGCGGGCACGGACGUGGCCAAGGAGGCCUCGGACAUCAUCCUGACAGAUGACAACUUCACCAGCAUCGUCAAGGCCGUCAUGUGGGGCCGCAACGUCUACGACAGCAUCUCCAAGUUCCUGCAGUUCCAGCUCACCGUCAACGUGGUGGCCGUCAUCGUGGCCUUCACCGGGGCCUGCAUCACCCAGGACUCACCCCUGAAGGCCGUGCAGAUGCUGUGGGUGAACCUGAUCAUGGACACGUUCGCCUCGCUGGCGCUGGCCACGGAGCCGCCGUCGGAGUCGCUGCUGCUGCGCAAACCCUACGGGCGCAACAAGCCGCUCAUCUCCCGCACCAUGAUGAAAAACAUCCUGGGCCACGCCGUCUACCAGCUCACCAUCAUCUUCACCCUGCUCUUCGCGGGGGAGAAGUUUUUCGACAUCGACAGCGGCCGGAACGCGCCCCUGCACUCGCCCCCCACCGAGCACUACACCAUCGUCUUCAACACCUUCGUGAUGAUGCAGCUCUUCAACGAGAUCAACGCGCGCAAGAUCCACGGCGAGAGGAACGUCUUCGAGGGCAUCUACCGCAACCCCAUCUUCUGCACCGUGGUGCUGGGCACCUUCUUCGCCCAGAUCAUCAUCGUGGAGUUUGGUGGGAAGCCCUUCAGCUGCUCUGGGCUCACCCUGAGCCAGUGGUUCUGGUGCAUUUUCAUCGGAGUGGGAGAGCUCCUGUGGGGCCAGCUGAUCUGCACGGUGCCAACGAGCCACCUGAAGUUCCUGAAGGAGGCAGGGCACGGCAUCACCAAGGAGGAGAUCCCCGAGGAGGAGCUGCCCGAGGACGUGGACGAGAUCGACCACGCGGAGAUGGAGCUGCGGCGGGGGCAGAUCCUGUGGUUCCGGGGGCUCAACAGGAUCCAGACCCAGAUGGACGUAGUUUACACAUUCCAGACCGGCGCCUCCUCUUUGCAGGGAGCCCUCAGGAGACAGCCUUCCAUCGUGAGCCAGCACCACGAUGUAAAAAAUGUUUCUAGCCCAACCCAUGUAGCUCUUUCCUCCGUCAAUUCCACUCCCACCACUUCUGCUGUUGCUGCUGCUGCAUCUCCUCCUGCGGGCAGUGAGUGAUGGUCUCUAUUACAAUGCAUGACUUUAAUAACACUGAGAGCACCUGCACCCCCCUAACCCCGCCUGGUUCUCUCCCUCUCAGCCUUCACUCACACACUCAGUCCCCAACCUGAAGGACGGGGCGGGAAACCUUUCAAAACCCCAGUUUUUUAUGCUGUUAACAAAGUUACGAACCUUUCUGGUCCUUUCCCCCCCCAGUUCCUUGUUGCUUCCUCCAGUUUUACCUCUUCUCCUCCUUUGCAGGGCUGGUGUUUGAGCCCACCCU